AAGAAGAAGAAGAAGAAGAAGAAGAAGAGAGGAGAAGAGAACCGAUUAUACUCCAAACCGCUAGAUGUCAGUGUUUCAAAAGAAAACCGUGCAUGACAAAGCCUGAGCUGUCCUUCCGAAGACUAACGAUGUAAAAUAAGUGGACGUUAAUAACUGGUCUAGAAUCAGUUCCACGUUUCGCCUGUAGUGAUUAAAAACUAGAGCGUGUUACACAAAGCCGAUCCCGUGUCAGUGUAAAGGGGAAAGUUCUAUCGUGAGCCCCCCCCAAAUAUCAAGACUUCAAUAUGGCGACGGGGGGAUUUCAGAUAAAUAAUACAAGCUAGUGUUUAAAUUUAAUAAGAAGUCUGUUACUCGUUGAAGAUUAGUAUGCCGGAAAGCAGCCGGUCGGUACUUACAAAAACGUACAGAAAUUUUUCAUAAUGGAAACGCGAGGUAUAGAGCAGAUGUUUGACUUUCAGCGGUUGCCAAGUGAUGGUCUGAUCCUGUUACUGCUGCUGCUGUACUCCCCAGUUGGCCUAUGCUUAAUGUUACUACGUAUAUUUAUAGGUGUACAUGUAUUCCUAGUGAGUUGUGCACUUCCUGACAGUUUUGUAAGACGAUUUAUAGUACGAGUCAUGUGCUCUGUGCUGGGCCUGCAUGUAAAACAAAACAACCUGCACCUAAGGGACAAAAAUGUCAAGUUGUAUGUCAGCAAUCACAUUACUCAGUUUGACCACAACAUUAUUAACCUCCUUACCUCCUGCCACACUCCAUUGUUGGAGGGCCCUUCAGGGUUUGUGUGCUGGGCACGGGGCUUCAUGGAGCUGGGCACUGUGACAGGCAGCAGGACUGAGCUGGCACAGACCCUGCGUGGGUACUGCUCUGAUCCUGAAGCUCUGCCCUUACUACUCUUCCCCGAGGAAGACACAACCAACGGGCGCGCUGGCCUGCUCAAGUUCAGCUCCUGGCCUUUCUCUGUGGCAGAUGCUGCACAGCCUGUGGCCCUGAGGGUGAAGAGGCCCUUCAUAGCUGUGAAUGUACCAGAAUCUUCGUGGCUGACUGAAUUGCUGUGGACAUUUUUUGUCCCGUUCACAGUGUAUCAAGUAAGGUGGCUUCCUGCAGUGCAAAGACAAGAUGAAGAAUCACAUCAAGAACUUGCUAACAGAGUCCAAGAGCUUCUUGCCACCGAGAUCGGUGUUGUUUCAACACAGAUCACCAAAGCAGACAAAGCUGAACACAUCAAAAGAAAAAGGCACACAGUUUCCAGCACCACACACCGGGAUUUGGGGGCCAGACCUCGUACUGUGGUACAGGGUUUUCUGGGCUCGAGCGCUGGAGCAGAGGAUCCUAGAGUGGUGCGGAUGGCACAUCAGGUGAAGGAAGUGCUACCAGAUGUCCCCCUGAGUGUUAUCACUAGAGAUCUGUUGCAAACAAACUGUGUAGAUACAACUAUUACCAAUCUGCUGGAGAGCACUGAGCAGUAUCAUACAGAGCCUGCAAAAGCUGCACCAUCAGGCCCAUCACGACCUUUAACCUCUGCCACUCCUACUGUUCCUGCUUCAUCACCAACUCUAAAGCCAACUGCCAAAUCUUUUGGGAAAUCACCAGCAGACAGACACAUGUCUUUACAAGACAGAAAAACAGCCUUGUAUGAUUAUGCAAGAAGACGUUACAUAGAGAAACAUGGCCUGGAUCUAGAAGAAAACUCAUGAGUGUGAACAAAUUUCUCAAGUUAAUUGAGGGACCGUUAAUUGGAGUUCACACAAUGUUCCUAAAACAAGGAGAAGAAAGAAUUACACUGACUUUACCUGCAGCAUUUGUAUUCAGCAAACGUACGGAAAGAAGGGAUGGAAAUAAGAGGUUUGGAAUCAGUUGACAUCAGUGGAUUUUUAUUAAUCCUCUUGCAUGGCAAUCAUGCAUGUCUUUUUAAUUAUUUCUCUGCGACAGAAAAAAGAUUAUUUUGGUAAACAGUUUGUACUACACCCCAGUACCAGUGAAACAUCUCAUAUUAUUUUUAUAAAGUUAAAAUUUAAUAAGCAGGAGUUUUGGCAUUGUGUGGUACCGAACAAAACCCAGUUUGAGGUUAUGGUGUAAGGAUAUUUGUUGAUUCAAUAUCAGACAUUAAAGAUCAUUUAUACAUGAAAAA